UUUUUUUUAGCAUGAGCGAAUAUUUUUGAGGGCUAAAAUCGCCUUGUGCCCUGCUUGUGUAGAUUCAAUCAUGCGCACGUAUUGAUUUACGUAUUGCGUCAUUAUGCACAUGAAUAAAAAACAAUUUCAAAAUAAAAGCAGUGCAGCUUUAGUCCAUGCAUGAGGUAAAAUGUUUAUUUUGUAAUUUCCAAUUAACCUCACUCGGGCCGGUCAGAGUCAACCAAAGGGCCGUAUGUGGGCCGUACAAUGCCCAGGUCUGGGUUAAAGUAUCUAACUCUUACCUCAUUAUAUUAAUACAGCGUUUUAUCCCCAAUCUACAGAUUUUAUACAAUUAUUAAAAUGGAUUCAUUUCCAGAUGUGCCUUUUAGAAGUGGAAAUGAAGACAAAGCCAAGGUUACUAUGUAUUACCAAGGUUCAGACCCAAUAAGUAUGACUUUUGAUAAGUUAUUUUUCACCCCAUUAUGCAGCUAAAUACUACGUCAGACUCUCAGCAUGUGAAGAAUUUCAAAAAUGGAAAAACAAAAAAAACAUCUGCAAGUAGAGCAUCGCCAAAAUGGCAGGUCUUGUGGGGUGUCCCUGGGAUGCAGUGGUUACUACCUACCAAAAGAUGACUGACCGCUAUCCACCACCGAAAGCUCCUACAAUGGGAAUGUGAUCAGAACUGGACCAUGGAGCAAUGGUAGAAGGUGGCCUGGUCUGAUGAAUCACAUUUUCUUUUACAUCAUGUGCAUAUAGGGUGUGCCUGUGUCAUUUACCUGUGUAAGAGAUGGCAGCAGGAUGCACUAUGGGAAGAAGGAGAGCUGGUGGAUGCAGUGUGAUGCUCUGGGCAAUGUUCUGCUGGGAAACCUUGGGUCCUGCUUUCAUGGCCCUGAAACGAUGGACACGGACACUGUAGAGCCUGAACCUACAUCAUCCAGCAGUGGAAAUCAAGCAGUGACCACUUUCAUUACUACACAACCUAGCAGGAGUCACACCCAACAUCUUCGCCAAACUCCUCCUAGACACUACCUGUAUCAGGAUACAACAAAUCAUGAUGAGCCAAAACCCUCAGCACCUCCAGAUGUUGCAAAGGUUUAUGUGCAAGUGGACUGGCCAGAGGAAAUACCUGAGAGAUGGAAAAAUCACCUGCAAAGAGCUCUUCAGACCUGGUGUACCUCUGAACUAAAAGAGAAAUGCAGUGUUAAUGUAGUUCAGCUUUUAGGUGAUGAACGCACUGCAGAGGUGGAGAUAACGCCAUCAACUGCAGCUUUGAAGAAUAUAAAAACUUCAAAGUUAACAUUCAAGCAGCUUGAUAAAAGCACCACAGUACACUUCCAGGACCAUGAACCUGUGUCUGGGAAUAAGUUUUCCAGUCCAAAGGUGAACAUGACUGAUACAGAAUCAAUUCCACCUGAGCUCAUGAAGGCUGCAGGAGCUGCUUCUAAUGUCCCACGACACACUGAGAGGCCAGGAGCUUCACGCACUCUUACUGUCCCUCCCUUUCUGUUCUGGUACCUGAGUCAAGCUUACAGGAAGGAGCUGGAACUAAUUGAGAAUGAGUCUGGAGUUAAAAUACAUGCAGAAACUUCAGUCUCAUUCUCUGCUGAGAAAGCUAAUGAGAAGCGUGAGAGUGAUUCUGUGAGCAGAGCUACUCAGGCCUUUACUGCUCUUGUCCAGAAUACUAUAAAGAAUUUCAAAUCUGUUUCUGUCCCUCAAACACACAUGGAGUCUGACAUUAUGAAAGAGACACUGCGUAUUAUUCCAAAUGAACAGCACAAGAUCAUGUUAAGCAUGUCAGCAAAUAACUACCUGCUGUUUGGACCAGAAGAAAUUACAUCAAUGGUUGAGAAACGGUUAAAUUUGGAACCAACAUCAUUCAGCUACAACAAGUCGCACAACAUGGAGACUGACACCAAGCAGUGGGGGACAUCAGGAAAUUGGAGUUCAACACAGACCUCUCAGACCUUGGACAUGGACAUCAGAAACACUCAAGCUCCAGUUGAGAUGGAUGAGGCACACUGGAAACUGAUGAUGUUUGCGUUUGAGAAGCAGCUUUGUGAGAUCGAAAAGAAAUACGGAGUCCGGUUUGAUGUUGAAUCUGUCCAAGGCUCGAUUAAGGUGUCAGCACGGUCCAGAGGAACUCAUCAGGUUAAUCUUGAAACUCACGCCCUCAGAGCCUUAACUCAUCUCUACCAAAAGGUAGUUACAUCAGCGGUCACCUGUGAUCUUAAAGAUUCUUCCUACACUGAGAAGGUGUCCCAGGCAUUUGAGAGAAUUUGCUCUCGACACAGCUGUGUUGGUAGAGGAGAAAGAAACGGAAGCUGGAAACUUUUUGGACUGCCAAAGCAUCUCGUUCCUGCUAUAGCGGACAUUGAGAAGCUUAUUGGACAUCCAGUAUUUGAUGACAAGACGAAGCAAAUGCUCGGCUAUGCGUGGGAUUUUCCACAGGCAAGUGGAUUUCAGAGGGGACAGAUGGGGAUGGAUGUGAUGAGAGGGGCACAUGGUACUGACCUGAGAGGUGGAAAAGAGGAUUUUGAUUUCAACCAAGGGUUCCAAAAUAAAGCAAAAGAAAAUGUUAAAGUAAAUGAAGAAGAUAAAUGUCCCAUUUGCCUGGAUAUAUUUACUCAAAAAAGAAAAGUGAAAUGUGGUCAUGAGUUCUGCAAAGAGUGUCUGAAACAGUUAAUAAAGAUCAGUGGAGAAAUUUGCCCUUUGUGUAAGAAAAUCUUUGGGAUAUUAAAAGGAAACCAGCCUGAUGGAACAAUGGAGGUCCAACAUUACAAACAUACAGACCUACCUGGCUUUCCUCGAUGUGGCACAAUUAUAAUUUCUUACCACAUACCAGAUGGUAUUCAGACGCAUGAACAUCCAAACCCUGGAAAACCUUACUACGGGACUCAACGCACUGCGUACUUACCGGACAACGCUGAAGGAAACCAUGUGCUGAACCUGCUGAGAAGGGCUUUUGAUCAGAAACUCAUCUUUACUGUUGCAACUGUCACAAAAAAUGAAGGAGAAGAUGUGGUUACCUGGAGUGACAUUCAUCACAAAACGAGUACAUCUGGUGGACCGGAGUGUUAUGGCUAUCCUGACCCGAACUACUUAAAAAGAGUGAAAGAAGAGCUGAAGGCCAAAGGCAUCGAGUGAGGAUUAAAAAUACAGAAUUCUGAAUUUUACUCAUAGCUUGAAUACUUUCACAUAGAAAAGAAGGUUGUGGAGUCAUAAAGAAUACUAAAAUGAAUCUUACAUUUAACUACGUGUAAUUUACGGUGAUGGAAGGUACAGUGAAGCAUAAAACCAAUCGUACACAAUUUCACAUCUUUAUAUACAGUAAAUUGUUGUGGUUUUGGUUUUGUGUGACGUUAGAUACUGGAAUGGUGAGCAGUCAAAACAAAGUAAGAUAAAAUAGGUCACAAAGUUUAUAAAUAAAAACCGGUCACAAUGCUUAUGAAAAUGUCUAAAAUUUUGAUGAAUGAUUUACUUUUUUCAAUAAAAAAAAGGUACCAGAAUUGUUAAUGCCAACAAAUUUACAUUAUUAUUCCAAAUAAAUGGCAACAAUGUGGGGAAAAAGGUGGGGAAAGAGCCUAUGACU